AUGGAUGUAUACGAAACUUGGGAAGAUCAAGAAAUCCAAUUUGAUUUGAGUGUUAAGUAUGUUAAAUCCAUUUUACGAUUUACGUGUUUCUUUUUAUAUGUAAUUAAAGUACGUACCCACUUUGAUAUAUAAAUUUGACACGUAUUAUAAUAUUUAUUAGUCUACGAAAAUUAAUACGAUUAAGUAUUUUAUAAUUGAACUAUAUACGUAGUAGCCAAUAGGUACCUACCUACUUUAAAUUGAAUUAUUUUGCUAUUUAAUAAUAAUAAAAUACCUAUAUUUUAUUAUUUUUAAUAGGACCGAUCAAAGGUAAAUCGAAAUACCUAUGAGAUAACUUACUCCUUAUAAGUCAAUACCACCUAAUUCCUUCAGUGGUGUAAUCCGAGGUUUUAACAGGGGAUUUAAACAUAGUUUGUAGUUUUUAUUAAGCGGUGGGGGGUACCUUAAAAAAAUUACUUCAUUAGGGUAAAACUAUGAAAAAUUAACUUUCUUUUAGUAAAUAGAGGACUAAACCCCCUCGAAAUUAUCUUUUAGUUACCUAUCUACUCUAAUACAUUCUUUAUUUUCUAGUUACUUCACUUGCCCAUUUGACAUUUAAGCAUUCUCAUCUAUAUUUAUCUAUUGCUUUACCCAUUGGUAGUUCUGUCUACAGUCAAACAUUCAUACAUGUCAUACAUGUGGGGGGUCUUAUCUGUAGAUAAUAAAUUAUCUAUUAUCUUUCUUUAAUACCUAUAGUCUUACCACAGUUUUGUGAAAUUUAUCUUUCAGCCUAACUGUAAUUUUCUUAGCACACUUGAAAUCUUUCUCCACUUCAUUAUACUAAUUUUAAGUCUUAAUCUUAUGAUUUUUAGGUUCACACUCCCCUCAAAUCCUGACAUUGUGUGAAAUUAAAAUUGUAGUCAUCUAUUCACAGAGGCCACACUCUAUCAUAGCCUGCUUCUCCUGGAACCGGCCAUCAUUUAAUUUGUUUAGGUGCCUACCUAAACAAACCUACAGGUCGUUACAUUUAAAGAAUUAGCCCCCAGAAUUAGAGAUCUAGUUAUGCGUAUUUAUCUACCAUUGGUAGAUUUCUAAUCUUAAACAAAUAUCUAUUGUAUAUUAAGAAUAAAAUAACCUAGGACCAUUAAAAUAUGUUAAUAUCUUUUCAAAAUGUUUGUCUUUGCAUUGUUCAUAAUACCUAGGAACCCACUUUUAUUAGGUAGGUAGGUAGGUAUUAAUAUGCUGAUCGCAUAAGUAGUUUUUAAUAAAAUUAAUGUUGUCUUAAGCAAAGCUUUGAAAAUGAGAAAUGGAGAAAAAAUAAUAGAUAGACUAGAAUUCAUUGAAGACACAAAAGGAAAUAGUGGCGAUAAAGGAGUAUUAGUUAUAACAAAUUUAAGAGCAAUUUGGCAUUCUAUGACUUUUGCAAGAGUAAGCUUAUGUAAGACCAUUAAUACAUUAUUAAUAAUAUUGUCUUUAUAAUAUAUACUAUACUGUAUAUGUGUGUACCUAUAGCAAUUGGAUAUAAUUGUAUACAAGAUAUUUCAACAAGAAUUGUAAAUUCUGUAAGUUCUGAAAUAGAAGAAAUUGAAUUAUUUACCUAUAAGUUAAAUAUUUCAGAGAUUAAAAGGAAUAACAGAAGCAAUUUACAUUCAAGCUAAAUAUAAUGCAUUAAGAUAUGAGUUUGUUUUUACAAAUUUGAUUCCUGGCAAUACAAGACAUUUUACAUCAUUCAUUGGUGUUUUUAAGUACCUAUAAAAAUAAAAUCUAAAAAUGUUUAUAAUUUUAUAACUCUCAAUAACUGUAUAUUUCAGAGCCUAUAAUUCGAGUAGACUUUACAGGGAACUGAAACUUCGGGGAGCCAUAUUAAAAAAUGGACAUUUAAGACUAUUGAUGUUUGAGAAAAUGUAUUCUACUGUUAAUGGUGUGUGGAAUUUAUCAAGUGAACAGGUGAAAUUAAUUAUUAUUACAUUGUAAAUAAAAUCAAAAAAAGGUUAGGUUAGGUUCUUAAUAUUCAUUUGUAUACAAUUUGUAAUUUAUUAUUUAUUAGGGAAAUUUAGGUGCAUUUAUAGUAACAAAUAUUCGACUAGUGUGGUUUGCAGAAAGCAAUGAGACAUUUAAUAUAUCACUUCCAUACAUCCAUAUAAACUCUGUAUGUAACAUUUAAUGUUUCAAGUAAUUUAAUUUAGAUUAAUUUAAAUAUUCAUUAAUUAGAUUAAAAUCAGGGAAUCCAAAUUUGGUGAAGUGCUGGUAAUAGAAACUAAUGGAUAUAGUGGAGGUUUUACACUUGGAUUUCGAAUUGAUCCUAAAGAUAGAUUACGAACAAUCACUAAAGAAUUAUCAUCAUUGUUUCGUAUUCACGCUCAAUUACCAGAAUUUGGAGUACAUUUUGUAAAUGUUGAUGAGGUUAAUUUGCCACAUAAAUAUAUAAUCAUUUUGAUAAAUUGGAAUUAUACUUUAAUUACCAUAAUUUAGGUGGAUAACAAUGAACCCAUUCAAAUACAACCUACAAUUUCAAAUGAUUAUGAUGAAUUUGAAGAUGAAAAUACUAUAGGUGUAUCGAAUACUUUAGCGGCAUACAGUGUAAGUAAAACUGGUAAAGAAGAUGGAUUACCACACUAUGAUUCAUCAUUAGGAUUAGCUGUUGAAACAUUGCCAGAAGGUUAUACAAUAGCAUCACUAUGGGAAGUUAUACCAAAUACUAAAAGAGAACAAUAA